AUGGCAACCAUGGGGACUGCGCCAGCCGUUGCCUUAGCCUCAGCCUCCGCGGCCCGCUCCGUUCUCUUAGAGUGCCGUCCCCACCGAAACAUAUCUGCGGCUGCACUGUCGACACCCACAUGUGGUGCGUUUGAGGGAACUUUCUGGCGUGACGAGAUGUCGCUCUCCGCGCGCCUCUCCCUCAUCGCUGGGGCUGCCCUCUCCCUGGGUAGUCCGGCCUUGGGUGGAUCUUUGAAGUCGCCUCCGCCGGUCUGUCCCAAUGGUCACUUCGUGGUCGAGCUUCAGCCCGCCGCGCAUAUUAUCCGCCAGCCCAUUGAUGUCAACACUUACUGCCCUGAACCCACCAAGAUCGCCCUCAACGACAACCUGACCUUGACUGUCAACAACGCGCCCACCUCUAUCAAAACCCAGGUGACCUGUGUUGAGACUGUUUACACCACCUACACCCGUAUUCGACCCGGUCGCAAGUCCUGGAACGGUCCUUGGGCCACCGCUACUGCUCUUGCUUGCAACCACUGUCCCAAUGGCCGCUUCUCUGUGCCUCCGCUCUGGGGAGGUGACCGCGGAACCAUCUGGGUUGAGCCGACUAAGGGUGGCGAGACCACGUUCACCGGACCCUACUCGACUGUGACCUACGCUUGCGAUAACUGUGGCGGAGCUGAGCCUAUUACCAUCAGUGUACCUCCUGGUCGUGGCCAAGCUACCGGAACCCUGAUCGGCACGGAUAAGACUGGAACUCAGUAUGUUCUGAACCCUACCUCAGCUGGACAGCCGCAGUUCACCGGUCCUUACGAGACUGUUACUGGAGGUGGCUGGGCUGGUCCGACUCCCACCACCAUCACCGUCCCGCCUGUUGGUACUGGAACUGUCGGCACCAAGAUUGUUCUUACGCCUACCGGCGGCACCCCCGCUCCAGUUUCCUUUGGUGGGCCCUACACCACGGUCACUGGAGGGGUCGUUCUCACUCCCAAUGGUGGCGUCCGCAACACCUUUACCGGUCCCUUCACCACUGUCACUGCUGGCGGUUGGGAUGGCGCGACCCCGACUACCAUGACCAUUCCUCCCGGAGGCACCGAUACCGUUGGCACCAAGGUCGUUCUCACCCCCAACGGAGGAGCUCCCAACACCUUCACUGGGCCUUAUGCCACUCUGACAGGAGUUGGAACCAAGAUCGUCUUCACCCCCAACGGCCAGUCUCCCAACACUUUUACUGGACCUUACACCACUGCUACUGGUGCAUGGGAUGGAUCUGAGCCCACCACUGUCACGCUGCCUCCUGUGGGCACCGCCACCGUGGGCACCAAGAUCGUUCUCACACCUAACGGUGGCGCUCCCAACACCUUCACCGGCCCUUACGCCACACUCACUGGUGGCGGUUGGGAUGGCGUCGGCGAAAGCACCUUGACCGUUGCUCCCACUGGCACUGGUACGGUUGGUACCAAGAUCAUCUUCACGCCUAAUGGCCAGGGCCCGCGAACCUUUACCGGUCCUUACAGCACCAUCACUGGUGGUGGAUGGGAUGGUCCCGUUCCCACGACCAUCUACUUCCCGCCUACUGGUACCGAUACCAUCGGCACCCAGGUCGUUCUGACACCCAAUGGUGGAUCGCCCAAUACUUUCACCGGGCCCUAUGCCACCCUCACUGGUGGCGCUUGGGAGGGCGUUGGCGAAAGCACCUUGACGAUUCCUCCUACUGGUACUGGCACUAUUGGCACCAAGGUCAUCUUCACCCCAAGUGGCCAGCCAUUCACUGGCCCUUACAGCACCAUCACCGGUGGAGGCUGGGAUGGUCCUGGUCUUACCACCAUCUUUUUCCCUCCUACUGGCACUGAUACCAUCGGCACCCAAGUGGUAUUGACACCUAACGGUGGAGCUCCCAAUACUUUCACCGGCCCGUACGCUACUUUGACUGGCGGCAGCUGGGAGGGUCAGGGUGAAAGCACCUUGACCAUUGCCCCGACUGGCACUGGCACUGUUGGCACCAAGGUCAUCUUCACCCCCAGCGGUCAGCCCUUCACUGGUCCCUACAGCACCAUCACUGGCGGAGGCUGGGAUGGCCCGGUCCCCACAACCAUCUUCUUCCAGCCUGCUGGCACGGAUACGAUUGGUACCCAGGUUAUUCUCACACCUAAUGGCGGUUCACCCAACACUUUCACCGGCCCGUAUGAGACUUUGACUGGCGGUAGCUGGGGUGGAGAGGGUGAGAGCACCCUGACCAUUCCUCCCACUGGCACUGGCACUAUUGGCACCAAGGUCAUCUUCACUCCCAGCGGUCAGCCCUUCACCGGGCCUUACAACACCAUCACUGGUGGUGGUUGGGAUGGAGAGGGUACUACCACAGUUAUCAUCCUUACCCCUACGGGAGGUGUGUCUAGCAUCUUCACUGGUCCUUACACCACCCUCACCGGUGGUGCUUGGAGCGGAGAGGGUGAAAGCACCUUGACCCUUGCCCCUACUGGUACUGAUACUAUUGGCACUGAGAUCAUCCUUACUCCUAAUGGUGGCGCUUCCAACACUUUCACCGGACCUUACGCUACCUUGACCGGUGGCUCCUGGGAAGGCGAGGGCGAAAGCACCUUGACGAUUCCUCCUACUGGUACUGGCACCGUCGGAACCAAGGUCAUCUUCACCCCGAGCGCUGAGCCCACCACGUUCACCGGUCCCUAUAAUACCAUCACUGGUGGUGGAUGGGAUGAUCAUUCUUACCCCUACUGGGGUGUGUCGAGCAGCUUUACUGGUCCCUACACUACCCUGACUGGUGGCGCUUGGGGUGGAGAGGGCGAAAGCACCUUGACCCUUGCCCCUACUGGUACUGAUACUAUUGGCACCGAGGUUAUCUUCACUCCUAGCGGUCAGCCCUUCACUGGACCUUACAACACCAUCACUGGUGGUGGCUGGGAUGGAGAGGGUACUACCACGGUUGUGCUCCCGCCUGCUGGAACUGAUACUGUCGGCACUCAGAUCAUCCUUACCCCUAACGGCGGCGCCUCCAACACUUUCACUGGUCCCUACGCCACCAUCACUGGUGGUGUUUGGGAAGGCGAGGGCGAAAGCACCCUGACGAUCCCCCACUGGCACUGGCACCACACUAUUGGCACUCAGAUCAUUCUUACCCCCACUGGAGGUGUGUCGAGCACCUUUACUGGUCCAUAUGCUACUUAUACUGGCGGUGGCUGGGAAGGAGAGGGUGAAAGCACCUUGACGCUUGCUCCUACCGGCACUGGAACUGUUGGCACCAUCAUCAUCUUCACCCCUAGUGCCCAGCCCACUAGCACGUUCACCGGCCCUUACAGCACCAUCACCGGCGGAGGCUGGGAUGGAGAGAUCAUCCUUACCCCUAACGGCGGCGCGUCCAACACCUUCACCGGACCUUAUGCUACCUUGACCGGUGGCUCCUGGGAAGGAGAGGGCCAGAGCACCUUGACGAUCCCUCCUACUGGUACUGGCACCGUCGGCACCUUGGUCAUCUUCACUCCUAGCGGACAGCCCACAAGCACAUUCACCGGCCCCUACAGCACUAUCACCGGCGGUGGAUGGGAUGGAGAAGGUCCCACUACCCUCAUCUUCCCUCCCUCGGGCACUGACACCAUCGGUACUCAGGUCAUUCUUACCCCCAAUGUAGCCACCUCUACCUUCACUGGUCCGUAUGCUACUCUUACUGGAGGUGGCUGGGAUGGAGAGGGCGAGAGCAGCUUGACCCUGGCUCCUACUGGCACUGGCACUGUUGGAACCGUCAUCAUCUUCACUCCUAGUGGUCUACCUAGCAGCACAUUUACCGGUCCUUACAGCACUAUCACUGGUGGCGGCUGGGAUGGAGAAGGUCCCACCACGGUCAUCCUUACCCCCAUUGUCCCCACCACCACCUUCACCGGUCCCUAUGCCACUCUUACUGGAGGUGGCUGGUCAGGAGAGGGUGAGAGCACUCUGACGCUUGCUCCUACCGGCACUGACACCGAGGGCACCAAGAUCAUCUUCACCCCUUCGGCUGCACCCAGCACCACCCCUCCGUUCGAUGGUCCUUUCACCACCAUUAGUGCGGCGGGUACCGGUGGCAGCGGAACCACGUACACCGUGCCUCCUCAGGAUGGCGACGCUACCGGAACUGUCUUCAUCGUCGGCCCCGCCCCCGCCCAGACUACAUCCUCGUUCACCGGACCCGUGGUUACCAUCACAGCGCCCUACCCCGGCACUGGCACCGGUUCCACCACUUUCACCUCCACCUUCACUGGCCCGUACACUACGGUCACUGGUGGUGGCUGGCCCGGUCCUAGCGCGACUACCCUGACCCUGCCCCCUGGUGAUGGCUCCGACACUGGCACCGUGCUCAUCCUGACUCCUUCCGCGCCGCCGACUGCUUCCUCUACGGAUGCCUCGGCCACUGAUGCUUCGUCUACUGAUGCUUCGUCUACUGAUGCCUCUGCCACCGAUGCUUCGUCCACCGACGCUUCCGCGACUGAUGCCUCUUCCACUGAUGCUUCCGCUACCGAUGCUUCGUCCACCGACGCUUCUGCCACUGAUGCCUCUUCCACCGACGCUUCCGCUACUGAUGCCUCUUCCACUGAUGCUUCCGCUACUGAUGCUUCGUCCACCGAUGCUUCCUCUGCUACUGAUGCUUCCUCUACGGAUGCCUCGGCCACUGAUGCUUCGUCUACUGAUGCUUCGUCUACUGAUGCCUCUGCCACCGAUGCUUCGUCCACCGACGCUUCCGCGACUGAUGCCUCUUCCACUGAUGCUUCCGCUACCGAUGCUUCGUCCACCGAUGCUUCCUCUGCUACUGAUGCUUCGUCCACUGAUGCUUCCGCUACCGAUGCCUCUUCCACCGACGCUUCCGCUACUGAUGCUUCGUCCACCGAUGCCUCUUCUGCCACGGAUGCCUCUUCCACGGAUGCCUCCUCUGCUGAGUCCUCUGCUACUGAUGCCUCUUCUGCUACUGAUGCCUCUUCUGCUACUGAUGGCGCGUCCCCCACGACCUCUUCCUCCGAUACCUCGGCCAGCGAUUCUUCCGCCACCGAUGCUUCCUCCACCGAUGCCUCUGCUACGGAUGCUUCUUCUGCUGAGUCUUCGGCCACAGAUGCCUCUUCCGCUACCGAUGCCUCUGCCAGCGAUAUUGCGGCUACCUUCUCCUCUUCUAGCGCGCCACCCAGCUCGACCGACGAGCCUAGCUCCACUGACGAGCCCUCGUCGACUGAUGCCCCCAGCUCCACUGACGAGCCCAGCUCGACUGACGAGCCUUCGUCGACUGAUGAGCCCAGCUCCACUGAUGCCCCCAGCUCCACUGACGAGCCCUCGUCGACUGAUGCCCCCAGCUCCACUGACGAGCCCAGCUCUACUGACGAGCCCUCGUCGACUGAUGCCCCCAGCUCCACUGACGAGCCCAGCUCCACUGACGAGCCCUCGUCGACUGAUGCCCCCAGCUCCACUGACGAGCCCAGCUCCACUGACGAGCCCAGCUCCACUGACGAGCCCUCGUCGACUGAUGCCCCCAGCUCCACUGACGAGCCCAGCUCCACUGACGAGCCCUCGUCGACUGAUGCCCCCAGCUCCACUGACGAGCCCAGCUCCACUGACGAGCCCUCGUCGACUGAUGCCCCCAGCUCCACUGAUGCCCCCAGCUCCACUGAUGAGCCCUCGUCGACUGAUGCCCCCAGCUCCACUGACGAGCCCUCGUCGACCGAUGAGCCCAGCUCCACUGAUGAGCCCAGCCCGACCGAGGAGCCAUCGUCGACUGAUGAGCCUAGCCCGACCGAGGAGCCCUCGUCGACUGAUGAGCCUAGCCCGACCGAGGAGCCAUCGUCGACUGAUGAACCUAGCCCGACCGAUGUUCCCACUACCGUGACGCCUGAGCCGCAGACCACCACCAGCUCAACCGCCGUGGCCACCACUACUAGGGCGCCCAUCGUGCGUUGCCCGACCAUGCCUUCGGCUUGCUCGGCGCUGAAUGGCAACAUCAACAUCUUUGAGCGCGUGAUCAUGAUUGCAGCCUGUACUGCCGCCCUCGGUGUGUUUGGUGCUGGAGGUGCUGCUGUCUGCGUGGCCCAGAUCAUCCCCGAGAUCCAGCUCCCUCCCGAGUGCCUUGCCCUCUCCAGCUCGAACCUCAUCCAACUCCCUGCCAACCUCGCAAUUUGCGGCGUCAAGCUCGGUCCCCAUGCCAUUGGAAUUGCCUCCCAGUGUCUUGCCGGCAGCUUUGCCAGCGGACAAGGCGCCAUUGACUGCCUUAACGAGGCCUUUCAAUUUUAA